GAAGCUGGGUGUCCUGUCUAGUGGAACAAUAGUAAGAGUGUUUCAAGUUAUUUUUGGAGUUGCCCUUAAAGAUACCAAUAUGAGUUGCUUCAGUUUCUUGAAGGUCAUGAUGGUUUUGUUUAACCUGGCCAUAGCUCUCGGUGGGGCAGCACUCCUGGGCAUUGGCAUCUGGGUCAGUGUUGACAGCACCUCUUUUAUCAACCUGUUUGGCCCACUGUCCUCCAACGUCUUGCAAUUUGUGAAUGUGGGCUACCUCCUUAUCGCCAUUGGAGCUGUCCUGUUUGCACUGGGCUUCCUAGGAUGCUGUGGAGCUCAGAGAGAGAGCAAGUGCCUUCUGAUCACGUUCUUCUCCAUUAUCCUGAUCAUCUUCAUAGUUGAAGUUGCUGCUGCAGUGGUGGCUCUGGUCUACACAUCUGUUGCGGAGACUAUAUUGCAAGGAACAGUAACCCAGACAUUGAAAAAUGACUAUGGUCAGAACAAUGAAGUGACAACUGUCUGGAAUAAAACAAUGGAAGAACUGAAAUGCUGUGGCUUAAUGAACUACACAGAUUUCAAUAACUCAUACUACUAUAACCAUUAUAACCACUAUCCACUAUUCUGCUGCAAGAACAGCACGUCCUGCACUGCGGAAAUGGCUCAUACGUCCAAUAUAACAGGCUGCUUUCCUCAGUUGCUGUCUGAAAUACGUUCAAAUGCUGGUGUAGUAGGAGGAGUAGCAGCUGGGAUCUGUGUGCUGGAGAUUGCAGCCAUGGCUGUAGCCAUGUACCUGUACUGUCGCCUAGAUGAGAAGUGAGUAGGACAGAAGCGUAGGAGGACCACCAGUCAGGAGGCAAGAGAACGGCACACCUAGCAACCUUUUCUAAAAUGUGUCUACAGCAAUCAAACAUUUCUUGGGCCUGAGGCAUCUCAUUUGAUUAAUUUAUUUGACUCUACCAAGCUGGAAUCUAUAGUAUGUACAUGAAUGAAAAGUGGUUUGAUAUGAAAUUUUUGUGAAGCGAAGAGCUCUUGUUUUGAAAGCCAGAGAUAAGGAGACCAAGGACUGAAAGGAAGACAGUAUCUCUCCCUUCCAGAAGUUGCCUUUGUUACCACAGGGAACUUUCCGGCGAGUUAGAUACCUGGCAUCCUGAAACUAGUAUGAAAUCUCUCUCUUUUCCUGGGAGAAUGAAUUGUUCAGAAUGCUGCUGAUGGUUUUAAAUGGCUCCCAUUUCAAUGCAAAUAAUAGAGUUUUAACCCCCAGAUGAUAUAAAUAGGAGUCAAUUGCACUUCCGGGUAUAAAUACCAGCCUAACUGGUAAAACAAAAACCAGGCAGCUGUUGGGAUUGGUGCUGCAUGGCUAGAAGACAGAAACAGUUCUUUUCUGCAUGUCAAUGUAUGGGGGGAACUGACCUUGCCUUGCCCCUCUCCUCCUCCUCCCUCUCCCUUCCCCCAAUAAGUUAAUUGCAACAAACGAAAGUCUGUCUGGGCUUUUAGAUAAUCUGGCCAUAUCUGAAGGGAGCUCUACCUAUUGUAUAUUAAGUCAGUUCUCUAUAUAUGUAUUUUUUUACUCUUUGUGGAU